UUGAGGUGCUAUACCGCUUUUCCCCUGGUAUCACUAGAAAGAAACACUACUAUAAUAGGGGAAGAGGAACAAAGUUCAUCAUGGUCACAUCAUGGUCGUAUUCUGGAGUGUUGGGUAAGAUAAAAACACCAUGGCUACAUGACGUCAGCACCAUUAUAUAUAUUCAUGCAUUCGCCCUAGUACUAAUUGCACCCACAUACAAAAACACAAGGACUUCAAGUAUGCCUCGAUAUACAGGAUCUUGCUUUUGUUGCAAAAUCAAAUAUAAUCUGGAUCUCUCCUCUCCAGACGAUGCUAGAACGUCUCUUUGCCAUUGCCGUAAUUGCAAGAAAGCAUUCGGAACAAACUACGGUUUGACUUCCAAGAUCCCCAAAGAUGCUAUUACUGUCACAGAUGGCCGACCCAAAGAGCAUGCUGCUGAUAAUGGCUCGGGCAUGGUGAUCCAUCGGGAGUUCUGUGAUAACUGUGGGAGUUUUAUUCUGGAGUAUGGGGAUGCUGUUAAAGAACAAUUCCGGUAUAUCUGUGUAGGAUCUCUCGAUGAUCCCGAAGUAUUGCCGCCCAAGGGAGAAUUCUUUUGCUCGUCGAGGGCCAGCUGGAUGCCAGAGGUUCCAGAUGUAUUUCACAAACAGCAGAUCAAGGAGUAAUUACUUCUCGCCUAUGAUGUAC